AUGUCCAAGCCUGUCUACACCUUGGCCGAAGGCCAACCCCUUCCUGACCCUUCGGUCGCUCAGACCCUGCCUACCUAUGGCGGUGGCGGUCUUACUACCCUUGGCGACACUCUUCUCAUCGAGACCCUGACGCAUUUUAACCGGGAACGGAUUCCGGAAAGAGUCGUCCACGCCAAGGCUGCCGGUGCCUGGGGUGAGUUUGAGGUCACCAACGACAUCUCCCACCUUACCUGCGCCAAAUUCAUGAAUGGCGUUGGCAAGAAGACGCCCGUUCUGUUCCGUCUGAGCACCACUGGCGGUGAGAAGGGCAGCGCCGACACCGUCCGCGACGUCCGUGGCUUCUCGGUCAAGUUCUACACCGAGGAGGGUAACCACGACAUUGUCGGCAACCAUGUUCCCGUCUUCUUCGUUCGUGACCCCGUCCGCUUUCCCUCCCUGAACCGGAGUCACAAGAAGCACCCGGCCACAAACCGUCCCGACUGGGGCAUGUUCUGGGAUUUCCACGCCAACCAGCCCGAGAGUGUCCACACUCUCAUGCACCUCUUCGGCUCCCGCGGUAUCCCCGACUCGAUCCGCCGUGUGACCGGUUUCGGCGUGCACACCUUCAAGCUGGUCGGCGCCGACGGCAAAUUCCGCUACUGCAAGUUCCACUUCCGCCCCGUCGCGCCCAUCACGAACAUGAAGCCCGACGACGCUACGCGCAUGGCCGGCGCCAACCCCGAAUUCCACACCCAGGACCUCUGGGACGCCAUCGCGCGCGGUGAGCACCCCGCUUGGAAGCUGUACGUUCAGGUCAUGGAGCCUGAGCAGGCCGAGACCUACGGCCGCGCCGUCUUUGAUAUUACCAAGAUCUGGCCUCACAAGGACUUCCCCUUGAUCGAGGUUGGCCAGAUGACCCUAAACAAGAACCCCGGCAACUUCUUCGCCGAGAUUGAGCAGGCCGCCUUCUCUCCUUCCAACAUGGUCCCCGGUGUCGCCAUGACCCCCGAUCCCAUGCUCCAAGCCCGCAUGUUCGCCUACCCCGACGCGCAGCGCUACCGUCUCGGCGCCAACUACACGCAGCUGCCCUCCAACCGCCCUGUCUGCCCCGUGUACGCGCCCUUUGAGCGUGACGGCAAGAUGACCAUGACGAACAACUACAACGGCGACCCCAACUACGUGCGCAGCACGCUGACGCCGGGUGUGCGCUCGCAGACCGUGCAGGAGGUGCGCCACAACGAGUUCCUCCGGUCCGGCGGCGUGCUGGGUCUCAACGAGAUCCCCGUCGACGACGAGGACUUUGUGCAGCCUCGCGAGCUCUGGACCAAGGUGUUCGACGAGACCGAGCGACGCAAGUGGGUCGCGAACGUGUCCGAGACGCUCGAGGCUGUGCCUCCUCAGAUCCGCGAUGCCACGAUCGCCAUGUUCAGCCGUGUGGAUCCUCGCAUUGGCCAGAUGAUCGAGGCCAAGUUGAAGGGCACUGCUCGGUUGUAG